UUAUCUUCAGCAUUUUUCUCUUCAUUCGAAACUUUGUGUUUAGAAAGUGAAGAAGAAACAUAAAGAAAAUGCAUCAACAAAACCAUUUGUUCAUCUUUUUCAUAGCAUUUUCUCUGUUUUCUCUCUGUUUUGGCAAUUACCUUGAGGACCCACUUCCUGUUUCUCAAUAUCAUGAUCAAAUUUUUAGUCAUUAUCCCAGAUGGAACACGGAUUUUCACAGCUUGAUGACGACAAAGACGCGAUAUAGAGGAAGCUCGCUUUCGGGUUCAACAAAGGUGGUGAAUGUGGAUGAUUUUGGAGCUAAGGGAAAUGGAGGAGAUGAUAGUAAGGCAUUUGAGCUUGCUUGGAGGGAGGCUUGUUCUUCUAGGAAGGCAACUCUUUUGGUUCCUAAAGGAAGGACAUAUUAUCUUAAGCCAAUCACUUUUUCAGGUCCUUGUAGAUCUCCUUUAACACUAAAGAUCAAUGGAAUGAUCAAAGCUUCUCCAAGAAUGUCGGAUUACGACAACGAUCGUCGGCAUUGGCUUAAAUUCGAAGGAGUUGACAACUUUGUUGUAGAAGGCAAUGGUAUCAUCGAUGGGAAUGGCAGAAAAUGGUGGCAAAACUCUUGCAAAGUGAACAAAGAACUUCCUUGCAGGAGAGCACCAACGGCUGUAACUUUCUACCAAUGCAUCAACUUGGUUGUGACUAACCUGAUGUUCAAAAAUGCACAACAAAUGCAUUUGACAUUUCAGAAAUGCACCAAUGUCAAAGCUUUGAAUCUUCGGGUCGUCGCCCCAGGAAAUAGUCCCAACACGGAUGGAAUUCACAUCACAGAAACUCAAAAUGCUAUAAUAAGAAACUGUGUCAUUGGAACAGGGGAUGAUUGUAUUUCAAUAGUAAGUGGGUCAAGAAAUGUUCAAGCUAUGGAUAUCACUUGUGGGCCAGGUCAUGGAAUAAGCAUUGGGAGCUUGGGAGCUGGAAACUCAGAAGCUGAAGUUUCAAACAUAAGAGUAAAUAGAGCAUUGAUUUCAGGAACCAGCAAUGGAGUGAGAAUAAAGACUUGGCAGGGAGGCUCUGGAUAUGCUAAAAACAUAAUGUUUCAAAAUGUUGUCAUGAAGAAUGUGAGCAACCCAAUAAUUAUAGACCAGAAUUACUGUGAUAAAAAGGAAUCAUGUCCAGAACAGAAUUCAGCAGUGAAAGUAAGCAAUGUGGUGUACAAAAACAUUAGAGGAACAAGUGCUUCUGAUGAUGCCAUCAAAUUUGAUUGCAGCAAAAGCUUCCCUUGUCAAGAGAUUUCUUUGCUUGGAGUUCAUAUAGUUGGUCAAGGAGAUGAAGUUGCUACAGCUUCCUGUGAGAAUGUUAGGUUGAAAAAUAGGUGGAAAGUUUAUCCACAGUGUUAGAAAUUUUUUGUCACUCAAAUAUAGUUGUUGAACUAUGUAAAUGGAUGUCAUACCAAAUUUUCACUUUAUGGUAGGAUAAUAUGCAACCCUUCGAUCUUGAAAAUGUAAAGGUUGUCUUAACCGUUCAACUAUGUUCAUAUGGAUCCCAGUUUACAC